UUUGAUAAAUAAAAGUGGGUUGUGAAGAAAAGAAAAUAUGAGUAAAAUCAUGUGUACUAGUUACCUUUCAGGGGUGUUAAUAUUAGCUUGGAUGUUGACAAUGGCCGCAGCACAAAACUCUGGUUCGCAUAACUACGCUGACGCUUUGUCAAAGUGCCUUAUGUUUUUUGAAGGCCAAAGGUCAGGCAAGUUACCACCUUCACAACGAAUUACUUGGAGGAAAGAUUCUGGUCUAAAGGAUGGCUCUGAUGUUGGUAUGGAUCUUGUAGGAGGUUACUAUGAUGCGGGGGACAAUGUGAAGUUCAACUUUCCCAUGGCAUUCACAACAACAAUGUUGUCAUGGAGUGUUCUAGAAUUCGGACAAUUGAUGGGCUCGGAACUUCCACAUGCUCUAGAAGCCAUCAGAUGGGGGUCUGAUUAUUUGCUUAAAUCCACAAGUGUUCCUGAUUCUGUUGUUGGUGUGGUUGGUGACCCCAAUGGCGACCACACUUGUUGGGAAAGGCCUGAAGACAUGACCACCCCUCGAACCACUUAUGUUGUGAACAAAGAAAAGCCAGGAUCAGAGGUUGCAGCUGAGACUGCAGCUGCACUUGCAGCUUCUUCCAUGGUGUUUAAAGAUUCAGACAAAUUCUACUCAGCUUCGCUGCUUAAUCGAUCUAUCCAGGUGUUUGAAUUCGCAGAUAAGUAUAGGGGGUCUUAUAAUGACAGUAUUGGUGAGGGAGCUUGCCCUUUUUACUGUGAUUUCAGUGGCUACAAGGAUGAACUGAUUUGGGGAGCUGCGUGGUUAUACAAGGCUACUAAGAUACCACAAUAUUGGGACUAUGUCAAAAACAACAUACAGUUUUUGGGACCCACAGUAGUAAGAAAUAUAAAUGGCAUUCUUGUUGCGUCCUUAACUGGUGAUGUCACUGAAUUUGGAUGGGAUUCAAAACAUGCCGGCAUCAACAUACUUGUUUCUCAGGUGAGUUUUCAAGAGCAGUGUUAUGAUCCCAACAAUGCUAAUCCCUUUAUUCCCAAGGCGGACCAGCUUGUCUGCUCUAUUUUGCCUCAAUCACCUGCUCAAAAAUCAGUCACCUAUUCACCAGGUGGACUCUUGUUCAAGCCUGGAGGAAGUAACCUGCAACAUUCAACAUCCCUAUCAUUUCUUCUUAUGGCUUAUGCUGGCUACAUGAAAGCUUCCAACAAAGUGAUCGAUUGUGGCAAUAAUUUCGUUGUCACUCCAGCUAGCCUAGUGAAUUUCACCAAAGGACAGGUUGAUUAUAUACUAGGAAGCAACCCACUAGGGAUGUCAUAUAUGGUGGGAUAUGGGCAAAAGUUUCCUCAGAAAAUACAUCACCGUGGCUCAGUCAAUCCUUCCAUGGAAAACAACCUACAACAAAUGCAGUGCCAUGAAGGAGACUUGUAUUUCAAAAGCAACGAUCCAAACCCUAACAUAUUAGUAGGUGCAAUUGUGGGAGGGCCUGCCGAGGAUGAUACAUUUGAAGAUUCUCGAUCCAAUGUUCAACAAUCGGAGCCAACCACAUAUAUCAAUGCACCUUUUGUGGGUGUAUUGGCUAACUUUUUGAAAGGUUAA